CCCAGCCCGGGUCGGCGCAGCUGCCGCCCUUAGCAACGGCGCGCGUCGCCGGCUGGGGCUGCGGCCAUGGCAGCGGCGCUCGGAGCCGCUCGGAGCCAGCGGAUCUUCCUCAACCACCUCGACUCCUACUGCGGCCGCAGCAUCGGCGAGUAUUUAUCCAAAUGUGUUGUUGGAGCAUCACUAGAAAGCGUAGGGGAAGAGGAAGAGGAGGAGGAGGAUGAAAAGAACUCAGCUGCUGAAGUUUCUACUAGGCCAAAGGAGGGAGUCUACCAAAUAGUUGGUACCCUUUCUAAGCCAGAAGGUACUAAACCAUGUUUUGCAGAGGAAACAUAUGCAGUCUCUUCUCAGAAAGAGCUCUUAAGUUAUUUGCUUGAAUGUGAGAUUAUUUUAUAUAACAUCACUGAAGAUGCAAAUCAAAUUGAGGAAGCAAAAUGGGCUGCUUCUGCACUACAUACAGAAAUAGAGCAUUUUGCAACGCCAAAGAUAUUCAUCCUCAUUUCAACAAUAAUGAGCUGGGCAAAAAGCAAACCACCUGACCCAGAGGAUUCUGAGAUUCCUUUCACUGAGGAAGAUUAUCGCAGAAGAAAAUCUCAUCCUAACUUUAUGGAUCACAUAAAUGCUGAAAAACUUAUUCUCAAACUUGGGAAAACUAAUACACAUAUAUUUUCAACUUAUGUUGUUGCUUCAGGACUUCAGUAUGGAGCUGGGGAAGGUGUUUUACAUUACUUUUUUAAGAUAGGUUGGCUCAGUGAGGCUACUGCAAUACCUGUUUUUGGACAUGGAAACAAUUUUAUUCCAACCAUUCAUCUUCUUGAUUUAGCAGCAGUGUUACAGAAUGUAGCAGACCACAAGCCAAAGUUUCACUAUAUACUUGCAGUAGAUGAGUCUAUGCACACUCUUCAGGAAUUAAUAAAGUGUAUCAGUAAAAAUGUUGGACCGGGAAAAAUUGAGAAGAUUCCAAGAGAAAAUGCGUUCUUGAGUAAAGAGUUAACUCAAACGCAUUUGGAUAUGUUGCUUGUGAACCUGCGAAUGGAAGCUGUAUUUCUGAAAGAGACUUUCAACAUUAAGUGGGUUGCUCAGACAGGACUGGUGGAGAACAUUGAAAGGAUUGUUAAAGAAUACAAGCAAAGUCGAGGACUUCUGCCUCUCAAAAUUUACAUCCAUGGUCCUCCUGGGGUUGGCAAAUCUACCGUCGCUGAAAAACUCUGCAAACACUACAAGCUGCAUCACAUUAAGAUAAAAGAUGUGAUUUCUGAAAAAAUAGCAAAUCUGGAGAAAAUGGUGGCUCCUAAAGAAGUGGACUAUGACAGUGUGAGUGAAGAGGGAGAAUAUGAAGAAGAAGAAGGUACAAAUGUAGAAGAAGCACAGGAGUUGUUAGCUGGAAUUAAAGAAAGCAUGGAGCAGAAUGCAGGUUGUUUAAAUGAUCAGUAUGCUGUUAAACUCAUUAAAGAUAAGCUCAAAUCUAUGCCUUGUAGGAAUCAGGGAUAUGUUUUAGAUGGGUUCCCAGAGACCUAUGAGCAGGCAAAAGAGCUUUUUAACUUGGAAGAUGAAGAUGAAGAAGAAAUUAAAGGCAAAAUACCUAAAUGUGAUAAAUUAAUCACACCUGAAUUUGUUGUAUCUUUGACUGCAUCUGAUGAAUUUCUUAAAAACAGAAUAAUAAAUCUACCAGAAAGUGUUGUUGCUGGAACUCAUUAUACUCAGGACCGGUUUCUGCAAUCUUUAAGUCUCUUCAGAGAGAUAAACACAGAAGAUGAGACUGUUCUCAACUAUUUUGAUGAACUUGAAAUACAUCCUCAGUUUAUUGAUGUAGCCAAAUUUGAAGAUCCUGAGAACAGAUUUAUUGUAAAAGAGAUUGUCAAAGAAAUUGGGGAACCUCGAAAUUAUGGUUUGACCGAUGAAGAAAAGGAGAGUUUGGAACGUAAAGCAGCUGAGGAACACCUUGCCAGAGAAGCUAAAGAAGAAGCUGAACGAGAGCGUAGAGAAGCUGAGGAAAGGGCUGAAAGGAUGGCAAACUGGGAAGAGUGGAAUAAACAACUGGAAGAAGUGAAAAGACAAGAACAAGAGUUACUGGAGGCCCAGUCUAUUCCACUACGAAACUAUUUAAUGAAGAAUGUCAUGCCAACACUUAUUCAAGGGUUAAAUGAAUGCUGUAAGAUCAGGCCAGAUGAUCCAGUUGAUUUUCUGGCGGAAUAUCUCUUCAGGAACAAUCCUGAUACACAGUGAGGUAACAUUAAAUCCUAACAGCUGUAGAAACUGUUGCAUGGAAAGGGAGAACAUUGCUAAUGCAUCUUACAAUAAAAAUACUUAGUUUUUGAACAAAAA